UCUCACUCCCACUCUGCAAACCAUAAAAGUCUUUUGCAGAAUUCCAAUUCCCAAGAAAAAUCAUCUUCGACACUCAUAAUAUAAUAUAUAUAUAAUAUAAUAAUAUUCAUUACACACACUGACACACACAAAGAAACCCAAGAAUGACUCAUUGCUGACCGCCUCUUGUACCUCAAGAAUCAGACACUCGGUGUGUGUAAUCAAUGCUAUUGCUUCUCAUUUGAUCAAAUUAAUAUUUUUUACUACAAGGGUUUCACCUCAUUGACCUGAUGGAUCAAGAUAAUACAAUGGCUGAAUCAAAAUCAAGAAAACAACGUCUCUUGAAGGAUCAAGUUCGUUUAGUAAAGAGAAAAGAUAAUGAACGUUUUGAAAUUGUUCAGAUAAAAGAUAAUCUAUCCUUUGAAAAGGGCUUUUUUGUUGUAAUCCGGGCAUGCCAAAUGCUAUCGCAAAAGAAUGACGGAAUCAUAUUGGUUGGGUUAGCCGGUCCUUCUGGUGCUGGAAAGACUGCAUUCACCGAGAAAAUACUUAACUUCAUGCCAAGUGUUGCAGUUAUAUCAAUGGAUAACUAUAAUGAUGCCACUCGAGUAAUUGAUGGUAACUUUGAUGAUCCUCGUUUGACAGACUAUGAUACACUGCUAAAAAACAUUCAUGAUCUGAAAGAGGGGAAGACAAUUGAAGUUCCAAUUUACGAUUUCAAGUCUAGCUUUCGCACAGGUUACAGAACACUUGAAGUCCCUAGCUCCCGUAUCGUGAUAAUUGAGGGGAUCUAUGCAUUGAGUGAAAAAUUGCGGCCCUUGUUGGAUCUUCGGGUAUCUGUGACUGGUGGUGUUCAUUUUGAUCUUGUUAAACGAGUUUUAAGGGACAUACAUCGUGCUGGACAAGAACCCGAAGAAAUCAUAUACCAGAUAUCUGAAACGGUUUAUCCAAUGUAUAAGGCAUUCAUAGAACCUGACCUCCAAACCGCUCAUAUAAAGAUUGUCAACAAGUUUAAUCCCUUCACAGGAUUCCAAAAUCCCACUUACAUAUUAAAGUCAUCGAGGGAUGUUAGUGUGGAACAAGUGAAGUCUGCCAUGUCAGAAGAGCAUACUGAAGCUUUGGAACAAAUAUAUGAUAUAUUUCUGCUGCCACCUGGUGAAGAUCCAGAAACCUGCCAAUCAUAUCUGAGGAUGCGGAAUAGGGAAGGCAAAUAUAAUCUUAUGUUUGAGGAAUGGGUUACAGAUCCUCCAUUUAUAAUAUCUCCAAGAAUUAGUUUUGAAGUUAGUGUUCGGCUUCUUGGUGGUCUAAUGGCAUUAGGGUAUACAAUAGCAUCCAUCCUUAAGAGAAGCAGCCACGUGUUCAAAGAUGACAGGGUGUGUGUGAAAAUCGACUUUUUGGAACAAGUUAAUCGUCAUUAUGUUCAGGUACUUGGAAGAGACCGGCUAAGUGUAAGAUGCGUUGCUGAGCAGCUGGGUUUGGAAGGCUCAUACAUUCCUCGUACAUAUCUUGAACAAAUGAAGCUUGAGAAGCUCUUAAAUGAAGUCAUGGUACUACCCGAGGAUUUAAAAACAAAACUGAGCAUAGAUGAGGAAAUGCUUUCAACUCCUAAAGGUUCAAUUACCGUUGAGACAAUGAAAAAUAAAAUUCUCAAAAGUGGAAUGUCAUAUUCAUAUUCAACGGCUAGGGAUAAAAAUCUGACCUCCAUUAAUAGUCAGAGGUUUGAGGAGCCAACUGCCACAUUAGCAAGCCAGGGAGCAAUUAGUCAACUCUCGGACCAGAUUUCCGCUUUAAAUGAUCGUAUGGAUGAAUUUACAUCUCGGGUCGAUGAACUGAAUUCACAACUUAGUAGAGGGGCAAAUUCUGGUAUUCAAAGUCAACAGAGAAUCGACUCGGGCAAUGGAAAUGGAUCAGGAUCUGCGUCAACUUCAUACUUUACAUCUCCUUUAGCAAAUAGUUCAUCAAAUGGAAACACAGUACGACAUUCGUCGUCUUCAAGUCAGUUAUCCAAGGAGUUUAAUUUGGCUGAAGAGAUAUCAGGAAUUGCAAGAAAUCAACUCAAAAUUAUGCAUCAGCUUGACGUUCUCAACACUAGCCUCCGUGAUAAGAUGGGAGAGAGAUCUCGCCAGGAAAGACGGGUCAAGAAAAGUAAAGGGGUCGAGAUUGAUGCAGUUGUGGUUUCUGUACUAUUAGCAUUGGCUUGUGGCGGCAUUGGGAUUUUCUUCUUGAAGGGGAGUUCAUCAAGAAAUUGAUUCUUUGAUUUUUGGUAGCUUUUCUUUACAAAUUUUUUUUACUAUUUUGACGAGAAACUAGAAUGUUCAUGGGUCAUAUUGAUCUAUGGUUUUGCAAACUCUAGAUAUGAGUUAAGUUCUCCCUUCCUUUUGAGUUUUUAUAAAAGAAAGGUUCGUUUUAGCCUUGAUCGGGUA